AUUCUUAUCCGCGAAGAAAAUAAGCGGCACGUGUUGCCAUAUAAGGAUGCUCUAGUAAACCUAGCAGAAACAAAUGUCCCUUACAAAACAAAGAAGCGAAUCCUUGUACAAGAGGGUGAUGGUUUUAUUCAAGACAUAUUGGUACCUGCUGUUACAAGUCUAGGAUUUUUGAUGCUACAAAAGAGGAAACGAAACUAUAAGUUACUCAUUUGAAGCUACGGUCUGUCACGGGUACUCAUCAAAAUGAAGAGAAAGAUAGAUUUGGUUGAAGAAGAACACGACAGUGAACAUGAAGAAAGCGAAAGUUCUGGUGAUGAAAGCGAGGAUGAAGAACCAAGAAUAAAAGAUGUUUUGAGUCAUCUUUCCCGAGCAGUGUCGGAAAAGCGUGCUUCUGAUUUGCUGCAUAGUAUGGCCGCGUCGAAAGAUAUUCUUUUCUGCACUCCCAGCGGACAAUUACUUCGAAAUAAACGCACUAUUCCCGUCACAAACAUCGCCGAGCUAGUUGAGUAUGUGUUACUCCCUCAUAACAAUGAGGUUACCAAGCCUCGUGCGCUGAAUACGUUUCUAGAUGGACUUGCAGAGUUAGGAAUCGAUAAAGGUUUAAUCAAGAACAAAAAGUUGUUAAGUUAUUUAAUAGAAAAGGAAAAAGGCUACCAAAAUGUAGAAAAUACUUCCGAUAACGAGAGUAAUAAUGAGGAGAGUUCAUCCGAU